GGCUGGGCGGUUGCAGGAGCGCUUUGUUCGUUAGGCUGGUCAUUGGGUGCCGUACUGCUGCAGCUGGUGUUCAGUGAGCGGUUGCAGCUGGUGCGGGCGGGUGACCCGGACCCGAACACGCCGCUGUUGACGCAGCUGGCGAGCAGCAACACCAUCAUGCAGGACCUGGCAUUGCUGGACCUCGCACUAACUGCGGAGGGGCAGGGCGGCGAGGCGGCUUGGCGCCGUGCGGCUAUCUUUGCGGACGAGAGCGGGCGCGCCGCGUGGGGCCCGCUGGCGACGCACAUGCUUGGGGAGGUGCGGGAGUUCACACUGGCACUAGCUGCGGCGCUGCCGUCGGCUGCAGCCGAUGCCGCCGCUGCCGGUCGCGCCGGCGCGGGUGCUCCGGCCACGGUGCGGUGGAAUGUGUUGCGCAUGUCCCCCAGCACGGGCCUGCGGGUGGUGAGCAGGGAGCAGGACCUGGCGGCGUGGAACGUGCGCAGCAAGUACUACAGGAUCGGCUGGUGCCUGCGGGGCCUGUGCGGGCUGACGGUGGCGGCUCAGCGCGGGGAGGACCGCUACGGGGUGGUGCUGCUGUGCGAGCCCGCGCUGCCGGACAUUGUGCUAGGGCUGCUGUCGGCUGUGCUGGCGCUGCAGCAAUACACCAAGUUCAUGACCGCCACUCGCUCACGUCACGUCUCCAAGCUGGAGCGGCUGGCUCGCCACCUGGGCCUCGUCAGCACCGCCAUCACUGGCCGCAUCACCAACGUCACGCUGCAGCCCGUGGAGGAGGUGGCGUUCGCGCUGGAGGCUGUUGCCCGCAACUGCGUUAACCGUCUGGCGCUGUCGUACGGCGACAAGCUGCGGGAGUGCGUGCUGCGGGAGGCACGUGUCAAGCCCGCUUACGGCUCUAUGGCGGACCUGGCAGCCCUGCUGACGUCGAUGUUGGCUUAACAGCAAUAGGGGGUGCCUCUCUGGAAGAGGAGUAAUGAUAAAGAGGAAGAGCGCGGUAACAUGGGAGCUAGCUAAGG